CUUCACCAACAACAACAAACCAGUCUAUCAUUCACUAGUGAGACCCGGCGUCCACACACACUUUACUCUAACACCCUAAUUUAUAUUCCACAACCACACCUUUUCAACCCACCCCACCAAUCAAAAUGGUCUCUUACCGCAUCAUCACCGUCCUCGCCCUGGCCGCCGCCGGAGUCAUCGCCGCUCCCUGUGAUGCUGGCAACGGAGCGGCCGCCACUGGAGUCGCAAACGCCCAGGGCGCCCAGGCCACAGGAGCCGCUGGCAAUGCUCAGGCAACAGGGGGUGCCGGUAACGCACAGGGCGGCAAUGCCGGUGGAGCUGGCGGUAACGCAGGAGGCGCUGCUGCUGCUGGUGGCAACGACGCGGCCUGCAACCCUGCAAACGUCGCUGACGGACAGGGACCUGCCAACGUUGGCGUCGACGGUGCCCAAUUCGUGACUGGCAUCUGCACCAGCGACGCCAACUGUGCCUCGGGCUGCUGUGUCCUGGGUGGCGGCAAGAACCCCGACGUCGCUGUCUGCCGUAACGAGCCUGCCCUUCAGGCUGGCGAGAGCUGUGGCUUCAGCUGCGCCGCCUAAGCUCAGCUUCUUCGGAGACUAUCAGGGCUCUCAACUUC